AUGGUGGGGGGAGCCUUCGGUGCUAGGGUCUUCGACUGUGGUGGUGGCAGGCUUCAACGACGGUGGUGGUGGCAGGCUUCAAUGAAGGGAACUCGACGGAUGGGCGGAGACGAUGAUGCAGUGCUGCUGGGCAGAGACGAGGAUGCAGUUGGGUGGACAUGCGCCCUUCCAAUUUACUUGGAUAAAAUGUUCAAUCAGUAUGUGGCUAUAAUUCUCUCUAUGACUUUUGUUCUAUUUUUUGGAGAGGUUAUCCCACAAGCUAUAUGCACUAGAUAUGGACUUGCAGUAGGUUCCAACUUUGUUUGGCUUGUUCGGAUUUUGAUGAUAAUUUGCUACCCAAUUUCAUACCCAAUUGGAAAGAUUUUGGAUUGGGUAUUAGGACAUAAUAAAGCUUUAUUUAGGCGAGCUCAGUUAAAAGCCGGCAAGGGUGGUGAGCUUACAAAUGACGAGACAACAAUUAUAAGUGGGGCACUAGAUUUAACUAAGAAGUCAUCUUAUCUUUUGGUUUAA